AUGGAUGAAAUGGAACGCAUGUUGAAUUCGUUCUGGUGGGGGAAUAAAGGUGGAGCUAGUAGAGGUAUCAACUGGAUGAAGUGGGAGAGGUUUUGUGUUGAUAAGAAGCUUGGCGGUCUUGGGUUCCGGAGUUUACAACUCCUUAACAUGGUUACGCUUGGCAAAAUGGGGUGGCGCCUUAUUGAUGAACCGGACGCACUUAUGUGUAAAGUUUUAAAAGUUAAGUACUUCCCUACUAGCGAUUUCCUUAGUGCUCGCAUUGGCCACAGCCUAAGUUUUACGUGGCGUAGUAUUCUCACAGCGCAAGACUUGGUUAGGCGCGAGGUUCGGUGGCAAAUUGGAGAUGGUACCAAAGUCCGUAUAUUUCAUGACCCUUGGCUUCGUAGAGAUGAGGAUUUUCGCCUCGCUUUGGUGAGUCCUACUUUUAUGAAUAAUUUAUUGGUGCAUGACCUUAUGAUUCCGGGAACCCGAAGAUGGGAUGUUGAUUUCCUACAGGUGAUUGUUGACGACGUUGAUCUGCGGGAAAUCGACUUACAAGUUGGUGAGUGCGCUAUUUGCCGUGGGGGUUUUGAGAAUUUAUGUCAUAGUUUUUUCCACUGCCCUUUUGCCGAUGAAUGUUGGAGAGUUAGCAAUUUGCAAGAUUUUAUCGAGUCCAUCAUUGAUAGGUGUGAUUCUUUCAAGCAAGCUUUGUUUAAGAUUGUGGAUGAGAAGAAUGGAGAAUUGAAGGCGAGCAUUUGUAUGUUGCUCUGGCAGAUCUGGAGAGACAGGAACAUUGUGGUUUGGAAGAACGUUUAUUCGGCACCACAUCGCUCAGUUUGUUUGGCUGCCGACUGCCGUAAUGAUUGGAUCUUAGCUCGGGAGGCUCGCGCGCAGCAUGCUCCGAUUCCGCAAUCUACUUCUCUUUGUUUGGGUUGGCUUCCUAUUUCGUCGAGCUCGAUAAUUUGCGGGGUUGAUGCUGCCUUAUUUGCGAGUGAUAAUUUCAUGGGGCUUGGACUUGUUAUUCGAAAUCAUGAUGGAGGUUUUGUCGUCGAAAAAACUCUUAAAACUCCCGGGACAACAUAG